AUGGCGGCACCACCAAAGACCUGCAAGGUCAUUCUUGCAGACACCAUAGCAAAGAAGCUGCUCCAAGAGGUCCAGGAGACCCUCGCAUCUAUUGGCAACGGCAAGCCCCGCCUUGUUGCCUUCCUGGCCAACGACGAUGAAGCGGCAGUGAAGUAUGCGGAAUACUCACAAAAGACUUGUGAGGAAAACGGUUUCACCUUCGACCUGCGACGCAUCGACAAAGAAGCCCUGGAGCAGGAGGUCCGCACCGCCAAUGAGGACGACAAGGUCAACGGCAUCCUGGUCUACUACCCGAUAUGGCCCGACAACGUUGCCAAGGACAAUUAUAUCAAAGAGUCCGUGGCACUCGAGAAGGAUGUGGAGGGCCUCUGCUUCAAGCACCUGAGUAACAUGUACCACAACGUGCGGUACCUGGACCCCCCGACGAAUCUGAAGAAGUCCAUCCUUCCCUGCACGCCGCUCGCCGUCCUCAAGAUCCUGGAACACCUGCACAUCUACAACCCGAUCCUCGCCGAAGGCAACAGGUUGUAUGGCAAGACCAUCACGGUGAUCAACCGCUCGGAGGUCAAUGGCCGGCCACUCGCUGCGCUGCUAGCAAAUGAUGGCGCGCAGGUAUACUCGGUCGACAUCACCGGGGUGCAGCUGUUCACGCGCGGCCAGGGCAUCAAGAGCCACCGCCAUCAGGUCGAGGACAAGGAGGGCUGGGAUGUGAAGAAUACACUUCCCAUCAGCGACGUGGUGAUCGGGGGAGUGCCUGUUGAGAGCUACAAGCUGCCGAUCGACUUGAUCCGGGAUGGUGCCGUGUGCAUCAACUUCUCGUCCUUCCGUAACUUCGACGGUCCAGCUGUCAAGGAGAAGGCGUCCAUCUAUGUUCCCUCCGUGGGCAAGGUGACGAUCGCAUGUUUGUUGCGGAACUUGGUGCGCCUGAUUGCGAAUCACCCAGACAAGACCCAUCAGCAGGCUCGAAACGAGGCGUUUGUCGAUGGUUAG